AACAUAUGAUUAUUGUUGAUAUUAUUCGUAAACCCAAAUAGUUGCCGGAAACUAACGUUUAUUUACAUUUUCGAGCGUGUCCAGCGACCUAAUUAAAAGCAAUGGGUACCUGGGUGCUGGAGGUGGCCAAAAUGGGCAUGUACAUGGCGUUCCCGGUGGCGAUGUUCCACAUCUUUAACCAGCCGGAGUACUUUGAGGAGUGGGUGACCAAGAAGAAGCGGGAACUGUAUCCGCCGGAGAGCAAGAGCCACCACGAGGAGCUGCAGCGCGCCAUUAGGGAACAUCAUGCUCAGCACGACGCCAAGAUGCUCCGCGCCAUGGAGGAGGCGGAACGCAAGAAAUAAAGAAAGCCACUAACAUCUGCAUCGAUCCUUCAUUAUAUAAUCAUGCAAGCAAAGUCCAUAAGCUCUGGGCUAUCGACGAGGGAAGGAUGAGUAACCGUUUUGUUUAGAAUUUGUAUUACAACGUAAUAAAGAACUGUAUUUACCCAAAAAA